AUGUUGGGACUUUCUUCAAAGGGUAGUGGUUGUGGACCUCACAACUUGGUUCCAAGUGGAGCCAUCCGGCUUCUGCAUGAAUCUUAUUAUGAGCUUCAACACCCUCCUCUGAUUUCUUCAUCUCGAGUCAAGGCGAAAUGGCAGCGUCCGCCCUUGGGAUUUAUGAAAAUCAAUCUUGGGGGGCCUUGUCGAGCCGCGACAGGGAUUGGAGGGAUUGGAAUUGUGGCUCAUGACCAUGAAGGCACUUUCCCUGCAUGCUGUUCGGGGGUCUCCAACCUUCUGCAUGCAAAAUUACUACCCUUAAAGGAGGGGCUUUUGUUUGCCCAAAGAUGGCCUAAUGUGCAGCGACUCAUUGAAGGUGAUGGUCAAGGAGUUGUUAAUGUUCUAAGCCAAGUAUCACAGGACUUGUCCCACUUGGGUUGUUUAGUUGACGACUGCAAACGGUUACUAGCACAGCAUGAUAAUAUAUUAUUACAACGUGUGAUGAAGGAGGCUAAUGAAGCUGCUGCAAGACUUGCUAGGGAAAAACUACCUAUUACACAACUUUUAAGACAGAAGAGGACUGCCAUGCUGGACUGGGUGUAUCUAUGCUGGAUUCAGACGUUAGCAUCUUCAACUAAUGAGGCUCAGUUGGAAAUCAAUAUCAAUAUGGAGAUUGGUAGAGCUUUAAUCUAUCCUAGCCAUGGAGAGGCUUGCUGGAUGGGCAUAAUUGAGAUUUCAUUAGUCUGGACAAGGGUGGAAGUGGCUGGAUUGAUGACUGCUGGCCUGGAGCUGCACCACAGUACCUGUUCUGCUUAA